AAGCACUUUGCUUUCAAUACAUUUCUAGUUUUGGUUGGUGAGGUGUAGCAUUGCAUCCAGAUAAGCUGCACUCAUUUUUCGUUUUUUGAAAGCUAUGCUCUGAACUCUUGGAGAUCGUUCCUUUUUUCUUAAACAGUAAUUUAUCUUAAGCACACCUCGAUGGUGAAUAAAGUUAAUAUCAAUUUGAAAAAGAGUGUUAUGCUUAAAUUUUCCAACAAUACUUUGCAACCAGUUAUGACCAAAAACUUCAAAAUUUUCGGGCUUGAUCUCAAGAAAUAGAAAUUUCCUCAUUUCCCUGACUGGGUCAUCAAAAUAUUGGCACAGAUAAAUUCACCAGUUGAAGUAUGGGUAUCAUCAAAACCGUGGUCAAAAAAUGCUUCGGAAAGUAUUUGUUGGUGACAAAUACAGUCAGCAGUGGUAUCCUAAUGGCUGUGGGUGAUAGCAUGCAACAACAGAUUGAAACGUACAGAGGUUUCCAUGAAAAUGAGAGCCACGAUGCUGUUCGAUCCAUGAAUAUGGCAAUGGUGGGCAUAAUACUUGGACCCAUUCAACAUGUAUUUUACAUGUAUUUGGAUCGCUUUAUCCCAGGCAGAGAUCUUUUUUCGGUUUCGAAAAAGCUGCUACUUGAUCAGCUGAUAGCCUCCCCUGUAUAUAUAGUCACCUUCUUCUAUGGAUCAGCCUACAUUGAAAACCACACAUUGGCACAAGCAAAUGAUGAAUUGCGGCAUAAAUUUCUACAAGUUUAUCUGGUAGAUUGGAUUGUAUGGCCUCCGACGCAAUUCAUCAAUUUCUUCUUCUUGCCCUCAAAGUACAGAGUGAUCUAUCUCAACGGCUUAACCACAUUGUAUAAUGUGUAUUUGUCUUACAUCAAGCAUAAGGAUAAGGUUGAAAAACUCGACCUACCGCGGAAAUAUUAACCAGGAAAUUGGAUUCAAACAUGUAUUAUCUAAAAUAAAUCUAUACAUUUCGCUUCGUUCAAGAAAAUGGCCCCUUGACAUUUGACCUCAUUGCUGUGAUGCUGCAGAAAAGUUGCUGUGAUGCAGGUAGAGUUUUCCAAAAUAUUUAGUGUUAUUUUAUUAAAGUGCAAUGUUUGUUGACACUUAUUUAGUGUGAAAAACAUCAUGAGAAGGUAAUAUUUCUACCUUCAUUUAAGUACUAACUUUGCUUGAAUUACCUAAUUUAAAAAACCAGUAAAAAUAAAUUACAUUCUGAACUUUAAAGAAACUUAAGUAUCAAUACAAUACAGCUCACAAGCCACCCUCAUAUUUCUGGAUUUUUCUCUGAAAUAUCAUGUAGGCAUAUGCAAAUUAUUUAUAUCGAGAGUUCGUUUAUCCAAAAUUUCAUAGCUAGUUUCUAUGAAAGAUAGACAUUUUUCAAGAUCGCAUGCAGGUGAAAGUGUUCAGUGUUUUUAUGGUGCUUUUAUAAUGUUAAUCUUAAAAGAGAAGAAAAGAUGGAAGCCUUUCAGGGAGGAAAACUUGAGUCACUAAGCAACUAAUGUUUUAAUCACUUAGCCCCUAGCAAUGCAUGGUAAGAUCUUUCAAUGACAAGUACUGAAAGUGUUUACUUGCAGAAAUUACAAAUAUCUCAUCAAAGCAAGUUUUAAGUCGGAAGGAACAAACAGUAAUUUAACGAUCUAAAUUUUUCACUCUCAUUGUAUUUCUGCUUAAAGAUAACUGCCCAACUUUAUUCAAUUUGUGCUGAAAAUAUGGGAUCAAGGGUCUCCUUUGCAAAGGCAGGGAUAAUUAGGAAAGCCACAAUUUUUUCUUGUCUCUCCUGAAUUUCUUUGAGCCUAAUUACUUAAAGAAAUCGUGCAACUUUGAUCACACUCCGCAGUCUUACAAGAAGAUUUUGCAAAGUAGCUUUUUUUUUUACUUGAAUACGCCCUGACGCAAUUCUAAAAAGACAAUGUGUAUGGUUUUCUUAGUUUUCCUUUAUGAACAAAAUGAAUGUUUUGUUCUGUCAAUCAGUCAGUGGUGUAAAGAUACAGGCUUUAGGGGCAGCAGUGCAGACAGACUGAACUUUGAGGGAGCAUUGUUGUUUCUCCCGAACCCUGGAUUCUAAAGGACUCAUUUUUUGAAAUAUUUAAACACAGCACGGCUCAAGAAGAUAUAUGCAGAUGACGUUGUCUGAAGGUACUACAUUACUGAGGAUACAGAAUGCCUAAAACUGUCUAGAACUGCUAACAUAAAGAUAUAAUCAGAAAUGUUUGAAGAUAGCAGUUGAGAUUCGUGAUUUUGGAGUUUAGCCAUCGAAUAUUUUUUUCCAACUUGCAUAAGAAUCUUUUAGAGCAAAAUGCUUCUUGGAGGAAUACAUAUCCUCUCUAAAAUGAGAUUAGCAGCAAGAAGCACCUAUCAGACCUUUGAGUGAAGUAAUAUUAUUCUUGAUAUAAAUGAAGGUACUGUGGUGAAGCUUAAUACCAUAAUAAAUAAGAGCACUAGUAAUGACUAGGAGGUUUUGAUGCUUUGUUUAUUUCAAAUGCAGAGUACCAAAGAAACAGUUUAAUCCAGGAAAUGUUCAAGUCCACCUCUUCUAUGUGGUUAUUAAACUGUUUGUCUCAUGAUUUAACUUUUUGUCCUUCAGGAUGUCAUCAACUGACAAGCAGGUUUAGUAUUUAAUGUGGCCCACGCAUGCCAGUCGGUAAAAUGGGAAAUUUUUAGGAAGAAAUGGCAUCUGAUUAUAAAAAAAUUAGUUAGAAUAUCAGGAUCAAAAGUAGCAGUACAAUAGGAUGAGAUUUAGCUAUAUAUAACAAGAUAUACGAGAAAAAACACUAAAAAAAUUGGAGUUUCUCACUUUGUUUUCCCUGCAAGAUGGUGUGGUGUGGACCCAGCAUCAUUUCUCCACCUUGUAACAAGAUAUAUAUAUAUUAAACAAGCUUCAUUUUCUCUGGGAGCUCUCAACCUCUCCCUUUUAAACUCUUUCUCAUCUAGUCAAAAAAUAAUUUUGAAAGAAGUGUAAAAAUUCUGCUCAGGGUGUUAAAUAUGUUGAGGGGCAAUGUUGCGUCCCAGGAAAAAAGGGGGAUCGUUGAUUAGUCACUCAAACAUGAGGAGCCUAGAAAAAUUGUUUGUGGAGGGGUCCGAGUUAUGCUACUACUAUUCACUCUCAACCCAUACGCUUAUUUAAACGGACAUUGUUGUCAAGUCCUACCUCAGCCUUGCAUACAGUCCAGUGCUUAGUUCUACACUCUAUCCCAUUUAUGACCUGUAUAUAGUGAUAUUUAAAGCACUCUCUUCAUGUCAACCUAUGCACGUCAACAUGCAAUGAACAUGUUGAUUGAAAAGAGCUGAAUUUUGAGUUGCAUUUUAACUUUCUUGAGUUGUGGAUUUUCCAUUUUUUAAAAUCUGACCGCACAAUAAAGCUUUACCAUGAGACUUUUCACAUUUUAUGAUAGCUGCUCAACUUGUCAAGCUGAUAAGCAUAGAAGAUUUAUUCUGCUUCAUGUACCCAUUUGCUAUGCAAUUUUGCAUAGGACAGCAACAAGCUUAGAUGUAUGAACAAGUUUUUUACUUUAUUAUCUUAAUCAACCAAUAUUAGUUUUACCAUAGCUUUAUUUCCGGCCUCAAGAAAGUGAUUAACUCGUAGAAGAGAAUUAAAAUACUCGUAUUUACUCCUCAGAAAAAAUCCUCAGGGCAAAAUCGUGCACCGAGCUAGUUUUUUUUUUUUUUUUUUUCUUUCAUUUUAUUCCAUAUUUUCAGGUGCUUUUUGUUUAGUAUAUUUAUCUAGUCCUAAGACACCUUUACCAACAAUCUAUUGGACAAAAUUCCUUUGAAAGUAGAUUUAUAGUUAUCGUUGACGAAAAAAAAUGAUCAUGAAUGAGUCAAACUUAAAGCCGCUUUUGGAUGUACUAAUUCAGUCAGCUCAUGUUUCCUCUUUUUUAUGAAGGAAUGCUGAUACAACAUCCUCCUCCACACCUCAGUGAAAGGCUACCAAGUAGCACUUACACCGAUAUUUUUUCCCUAAGGGCCCAAGCGCCAAAUCUAAGUUUCGUGGAGAACAGGUUAAAGUUACUGUUUGGUAAGCGCUCAAUCUAUUGAGCCCAAAAAAUGUUUAUGUCUGAAGAAUAUGUAUUGUAAUUGGGCUCAAAAAACUUAAACAAGCGCUGGACUUUUUUUUAUGGUUUUGAUGGAGGUUCAGAUUUUGACGCUUAAGCCCUGAGAAAAAAUAUCAUUUCAAUUAGAGGAGAUUUUGAGAUUUUUUUUCUUGUAACCUCAAUGAGCAUGUGGGUAAUUUUUCUCUUUUGUGUAUACUCAAAGGGAAUUUUUAAUUCAGAAAUUUAAUUUUUGUGGUUGUGAUUCAUAUAACAGUCCUUACCUUGAAGUGUGUUCAGAACUACUAGAAAAUUCAUGAUUUUAUCAAAUUGUUAUUUUUUUAUCUCUGAUUAGUGAUUUUUUUUUUUAUAUAUUAUAUUGUUGUUUUAUUUUUUAUGUUAAGUUUACUUUUUCUGUAAUUUAAACACUAUUUCAAUUCUUCCUCUAUACUGUAGGUAGUCGAGAAUGUACAAUGUAGUCAUGAAGUUUCAGUUCACUUUAACUUACGCAAUGAAAUGCUGUUAUGCAAUAUACUAUUGCAAAGCAUCAUAAUUUGUUGUGUUAUAUUUGAAUAUUUUAGUUACAUUUUUGGGAUGACUUUUUGUUCAUCACAUCCAACAGAUAUUAUCAGGCAUCUAGGUGGAAUUAAUGCAAGUGGCUAGGUAAUGUUUUGUAGUUUCUCUUCCAAUGAAUGUAAAAGCAUGUCCUUAAAAAAAUUAUCAACGAAUACAAUUUUUACUGGAUCGCAAUUUAAAACGCAAAUAAUUAAUUUAAAAAAGCUUGGCAAAGUAAGUAUCCUUUCUGGAAAAACAAAAACUGUAAGUGAGGGAGGUCCUUGUUCUUUUCGCUGUAAGUAGCUUUGUUGUAAGUAGCUAAUUGGUCACCAAUGCAAGCAUUCCUGCAAUUAGACCUCUGUAUUAUGAGUUUUGGCCUUUUUAAUCAACUGAUUGGCAAUUGGAUGGGUUAACUGAAAUUCGCCUAACUAUACAGAGUGUCCCAGGAUUGAGUACGAAUAUUGAAGGAAUCGAUUCUUUGGGUGAAAAAAAGACGUUUGUGUGGUAUAACUUUUAUUUCCAAAAACAUUUUCCCUGAGGGCCACAACUUCCCUAAGUUGGAGAAAAAAAAUCAGUCUUUUUAACACUGUGACAAUGUUUACCAAUAUUAAUGAAAAUUGGUAAGUGGAAGUAAUUUUUAGCGUUCUUUUCAUUUCUGACACCCAAAAAAGGGAAAAUUCAUUUUGAGGGGGGGUUUGGAGGGGUAUCGAACCGUAAAAAGGCCAAAAUUAAUGUUUCAAGCGACAAAAAUUGAUUUUUGACGGCACGUGUAGAUUCAGUGCUGAAAAUUCUUGUGAAAUGCGUCUUGCGUUUUUUUUCUAUGACUCCUCGUUUUCGAGAUAAUAGUGACUGAAUGGAGUGCGGGUUUGCGCGAAGGGGGUGGGGGUGGCCCCCAGGUAAAGCGUUUUUGGAAAAAAGUUAUACCACAAAAACGUCUUUUUUUGACCCAAAGAAUCGACGCCUUCAAUAUUCGUACUUAAUCCUGGGACACCCUGUGUUUCAGGGUGCCUAAUUUUCUCACAUGUUUAACCUAUAAACAAAGAACUAAUUGUAAGCAAUACUGAGACUUGAAAUUGUGAGAGCGUAUUCUCUCUAAUAUAGGAUAAAUUCACAGGAAGUUCAAAGGUGUUAAGUCGUUUAGUUUAAGACAAUCAAUCAAAGUCUCAUAUCUUCAGGCUGAUUCCAGUUUCAAUAUCGAAGGUCUCUCUCAAUAUGUCUCUAUUGAAUAUAGCCGAGCCCACGUUCAUUGAGUAAAUCCUUUUGUGCCUGAGAAUUAUCUGAUUCAGUUCCCAUUUCAUUGACCGAAAAGAAUUUGUAGAGAUGUAUCAUACAGAAAGGAAUUUUCGAGAACUAUCACCUUGGUUCAACUGAUACAGCUGGGUCACUUGUUAGGUUGUAUCGAUAAGCUGCUUUGAAUAAGUUUGUAAGUAGAUAGGUAUCUGUGAUUUUAUGAAGGUCUUUGAUCUCUUCUUUUUUUUCUUUUCUAUUUUUUAUUUGUUAAUUCAUUUUUCUUUUUUGUUGUUAUUUUUAUGAAUCCUCUGGAGCGUCUUGAUGGCGCUUUUGUUUCCUAUGUAACCAACUUGCAUAAACCCUAUAGCCCUGUGCAGUUUCAUCUCUUCCUCUUCUCUUUGCUUUCAAUCCUCCACAUAGUCUAAAUUAAUUUUUCCGUGUGUCAUAUUAUUUUAUAUACAUUGUGAUUCUAUUAUAUUGAUUGUACUUCCUCUUAGGUUACAAAUUGCAGUCUCCAACUGCGUGGUUUUGGUAAUUUUUCUGAUUAUCCUUUUUUUUUGUCAAAAAUUUAAGAUUGUGCCUUUAUUUCUGUCCACUGAUUUUAAGUUGCUUCUGUGAUCAUUGUGGAUCUUAUGACAGACAGUGGACACUUCCUAAGUCUUUUAUGGCAAUUUCGAGUGUUUCAUUAAAAUAUAAAUCUUCAAAUAAAAGACCGAAGUCUUUUUCCAGUAGAUAAUUCAAUGUAGAUAGCAACAGGUGUGACCUGACAUUUGACCUAAUUCUUAAUUUUAUUACUUUUGAGAGUUCGCAAGUUUUUGAAUGAUAACUAGGAUUUGCCACGAAGUUAAUUCUUUUUUCCAGUUUACAUUCUUCUCUCUCUUUUUUCUAUUUUCUUUUUUGUACGAAUAAUCCCUGUUCGUAGUUUCCAUGAUUUCUUCAUUUUCUGAUCCCCUGACUUUCCCUGGAUUUUAUGCUUUUCCCUGACCUUCAAACAAAACUUCUGAACUCUGCAUGAGGAGUAACUGAGCCACUGUACAUGACUUAUGACUCUUUGCUUUACAAUAGCACAAUCGUUUUUUGACACAAAUAUUUUUAGAACCCAAGUGAAAAUUUUUGACCAUCAGUCAGUAGAACAAGAUAUUUUCUGUGAUCUGGCAAAGUGAUCAUUUACAUUUAAUCAUUCUCCUAUCUUUCAAUCCAAUUGCAAUUUUAAGAUUUUCUUUGCCUCUUCUGAAAUGAUAAUCUGGGAUGCAUAUAGUUUUGUGAACUUGCUGAAUCCAAUGUGAUGAAGAUUUCUCUCUGAAUAAAGUUUAUCUUGAUCUAUUGUAAAAUCUUUUAAUGGAGGCAUACGCAAAUAAUAUGUAUUUUUUCGUGAGAAUAAAGUUAUUACAAUCUUUA